AAGUGCAAGAUGAGUUGGUGAAUUCCAUGAAAGAAUCAGCUGGAAAGGAACUUCUGCGAGUCUCCAAUAAUAAAAAUGCCUAUAAAGAGCUUCUCAAAGGCUUGAUUGUUCAGAGUCUCUUGCGGCUGAAGGAACCAGUGGUGCUGUUGCGGUGCAGAGAGGUUGACCGGAGGCUUGUGGAGUCCAUUUUAGAAGCAGCAAGGCAACAAUACGCUGAGAAGGCCAAAGUACAAGCCGCUAAAGUUACUAUCGACAAUGUAUACCUCCCACCUCCUCCCAAGAGUGCAGAUUCCCACGAGCCUUACUGCUCUGGCGGAGUGGUGCUGGCUUCUCAGGAUGGGAAGAUAGUGUGCGACAAUACUUUGGAUGCAAGAUUGGAUGUUGCUUUCAAACAGAAACUACCUGAGAUUCGAAAACGGCUAUUUGGACAAUUGAGUUCGUCAUUGAUUUGAUUCUGAUUCUGCCUUACCAUGGCAAGUGCUAAAACCAAUGUCAAGCAAUGAAGAACAUGAAUGUGCACUUAGAAAUAAUAUUGGCUUCUCUACCCUUUACUAAUUGAUUUUAAGUUGGAUAAUUUGUCGUGUUUUUAUAGAUUUUGUAUCUCUGCCUCUGAGAUAUUGUUCUUGGAAUUCUUGAAAAAGUUUUUAGCUUCCUUUACAUUCC